UAACCCUAACCCUAACCCUAACCCUAACCCUAAAUUGCUUGUAUGUGGCAGUAUAUGAUAAUACGUGAAAUAUAAUCGGGUGGGACCGCACGUCCGGGAGUGAUAGAAACACCUGGGACCGCACGUCCGGGAGCGAUCUCAGUUGGGAGUCUCCAUCCCCUUACCAAAUGAUGCUGAUACUCGCAACAAAGUAUCCUCGCAACAUCAUCACCAAAAUAGAAAACAGGAAGUGACCGUCUCCCAUGAAUCUUAGCGACCAUGACAGAGCAACAAAGAUGAAUCUAACUGCGUGAAACAGACGGCUAGACUGCUGAAUGAAUGGCGGGGUAUUCUGGAUGAGAAGGAGGAUAAUGUUUUUGAUUAACAAACCAGUUGAGCCCCAGAAAACGCACAAACGCCAGGAAGGAAUUGUUUAAUCCGGGUCUUCACAAGAUGUCUGACCGUGUAGGUGAUGUUAUGCGACUGUGUUGUGAACUGUCUGCUAACCAGCAGAUGAAAACAGCAGUGAAGCACUCUGGGAAAGGUGCUGCAGCAGCUGGAGGACUGGCAUUCGCAGGGGGACUGAUAGGAGGUCCCCUUGGAAUAGCCGUGGGUGGGGCUGUUGGUGGGCUGCUGGGGUGCUGGAUGACCAGCGGCCAGUUCAAACCUCUACCUCAGGUCAUCAUGGAGAUGACCCCAGACCAGCAGCAGAAGCUGUAUGUGGACGUGGUGGCCAUCCUGGGCAGCAUCCAGUGGACUGAUGUGGCUCAGCUGACAGCACUGGUGAUGGGGAACGCCACACUGAAACACCAGGUGAUGGCUGCCUUAAUGGGAUAUGUGCACCGAGAGCUCCAGGCAGAGGUUCAAUAUGUGGACUGAGGAGACAAACUUGACUACUGAUACCAUGUGUACUGCAUACCAGGGGUGGAACUUUUUUUUCCCACCAGUCACUGUGGCAGGUAGAUUUAAAAAUCUACCAGUCACUAGCUAUUUUUACCACUCAAAGUGACUGGUGGGUUGAAAAAUUUACCCGUCAGCCCUGAAAUGUACCCGUCCUUGGCGGGUGGACGGGUGCUUAUUUCCAACCCUGCUGCAUAGGUGUGUUUGUUUGUUUGUUUGUUUGUUUUUUUUACUGCUGUGAAACUGAUUUGGGAAGACUGCUCUGAGUAACUUGUACAGUAUGUGCAGCUAAAUGGAUAAGGGAAAAUACCACUGGAAAGGAAGACAAUUUAAUGUGCCAAAAACUGUGGAUGCAGAGAUAUCCUCCAUCCUCCUCCAUGACUGAGGUACCCUGAGCAUGGUGCCGUCCCGCCGCACUGCUCCCGUUUGGGCGCCAUUGGGGGCUGCCCCCUUGCACGGGUGAGGCAUAAAUGCAAUUUUGUUGUGUGCAGUGUUCACUUGUGUGCUAUGGAGUGCUGUGUCACAAUGAUAAUGGGAGUUGGAGUUUCCCAGUUGGGCUUCACAUAUAAUAUGGACAUACCGGAAAGGACAAUUUACCAUAUUUGUUCACCUUGUGAUAUCACCAACAGGGCAGGUUCCUGUUAGUCACUCAGCUGUCAUUUCACAAAUCAAUGUUUAGAUAGACCCUCUUACAAUGUGUGCAAUAUCAACCAAACUUAAUCUUGAAAUGGAACGACCGGAAUUAUGAAAUUACAACUGCGCUGACUUUUGCUGUGUUGUGAUAUUAAAAAAAGUUGCCAAACUG